AUGUCAAAUGUAUCAAUAAAUAGUCAAAAUUUGUAUGAUAUAUCAUUAAAUUCAAGAAAAUUAUCACAACCAAUAAUACCAACAACAAAUUCAUCAACAAUUAAUCAAAAACCAUGUUUACCUCCAAAAAGAGUUGCUUCAAUGACUUCAUUACCUACUUUAAAUGAAUAUGGUCAUUCUAACUCCACUAUAAAACAAUCAAAAAGACCAGGAGAUUAUUAUAUUCAAAAAAUUAAUUCAAAAUCUUCUUUAAAUUUAAAUAAAUCUAUUCAACCACCUUCAACUCCUAUUUCAUCAUUACCAAAUCCAUUAACUCAACAACAACAACAAUUCCCCAGAAGAAGAAUGUCUCAAGAUUCAUUGAUGUCAUUACAAUCUUCAUUAUCAGAUGAUCAUUCACUGAUAUUAUCUUCACAAUUUGAUACUCCAGUUUUAGGUUCUUCUUCACAAAAUACAAAUACUAAUCAAAUGGAUACAAGACAUAGUUCAAUGACUUCAUCUUCAACUACAAAUUUUGAUCCAAAUUCUUCAUCAACUAUUGAUAAUGAUUCAACUAUUUCAUUAAAAAAUUAUUCACCAAAUAAUAGUUUUAUAAAACCAAGACCAUUAAAAUCUGCUUCAACAACAAGUGUUUUAAUGAGUACAAAAAAGAAUCAACAUAAUUUUACAAUACCUCAACCACCAUUAAAAACAACAAGAUCAAAAUCAGUUGCAGCAAUCCCUACAUUAAAUAGAUCAAAAUCUAAAUUCUUAAGUUAUCAAGAAAGUAAAGAACGUUCAAUAUUACGUAAAAAGAAAUAUGAAGAAAAUGAUGAUGAUGAAGAAAUUUUAUCAAAUGAUUUAGAUAAUUUAAUUUUUAAUGUUCCAAUGAUUAAAAAUCAUAAUGUUAUUUAUAAAUCUUCACCAUAUCAAAACACUUCAAGGUCUUCUUCUAAUUCAAAUAAUUCUUCAAAUUCAAAUUUAACAAUAUUAUCAAGAAAUGAUUUAUUAGUUGGUGAUGGUAGUGAUAAAUAUAAUAUAAGACCAUGUCCAUUACCUGGAAAAUUAAGUACAACAAAUUUACCAACUUUAAAUACUCAAAAAGAUGAUAGUAUUUUAGAAGAAGAAGAAGAAGAACCACAAAAUUCAAGUUUUAAUGAUGAUUCUGAAAUUAUUCAAAAUAUUUCUCAAUUUUAUACAAAAAGAAGUGAAUCAAAUUCAAAAUUAAUGAAAUUAUCAAGAGAAACAAAUUUAAUGUAUAAAUUACCAUCAUUUAUAAAAUCACAAUCAUCAUUAGAAGAUUUACAUUUAAUAUCUCCUGAAAAAUUAAAUUUUUUGGAUCAAACAAGACCAAUAAAUUUACCACCAAAAUCAUCAAUUGAUAAAUCAAAACAUAAUAAAGAAUUUAAUAAAAAUUUAAAUAAUUUUGAAUCACAUUUAAAAAAUCAACAAGAUUCAAGGUCUAGAAAUUUUCAACAAUAUCUUAUAUUAAGACAAUCUUGGUUAAAAGAGUUGCUGUUGUUAAUGGAAUUAGAUAAUAAAAAUUUUAAUAAAAAAUUAACAAAUGAUAAAAAUCAUUUAAGAAAAUUAAUUUGGGAUUGUAAUGUACCUACAGUGAAUGAUUUAAAUUUUAAUUUCCUAAUUAAAGUGUUGUCCAAUAAUUAUUCAUCACAAGAUUCCAUACAUACUAUUAAAAAUUCAUUUGAAUUAUUUAAUAAAAAAUUAGAUUCUAUUACAGGGGUAAUGAAACAAAAUAAAGAUAUUGAAUUUAAUAAAAUUUUAGAUAAUAUAUUAACAAAGCCAAUUUUGUCAGCUCGUAAAAAUUUCGAUAUUGAAAAAUUUAAAUUAAAUUUUAUAAAUUUAUUAUAUAUAAAAUCAAUAAGUGAAACAGGAUUAAAUGAAAAAGAUUAUAUAUUAAUUACAAUUUUAUUAGUGAUUUUUCCACAAAUUUCAAAAUUAAAUAUUUAUAUUUUAUUAGAAUUAAUAAAUCAAGAAAUUUUUAAUAGAGAUAUUUUAAAUUCAAAAUUUCAAUCUUCAAAAUUUGAUAAUAAUGAUCAGAUUACUAUAAAUGAAUUUUUAAAAAUUAUAUUACAAUUUAAUGAUAAUUUACCAUUAAGUUUAUCAGCUCCAAAUACUCCAAUAGUAGAUCAAAAUUCAAGUUUUAGAAAUUCAACAACCACCACCUCCAAUUCAUCCUCUUCAUCAAGAUCUUCUUCUCAAAUUUCAUUAUCAUUAGAAGAAGAAAAUAUAGAAUCAUCAACAUCAGAAAUUAUAAUUAAGUUGCUAACUUUGCUAAUAAUAAAUAGUCAAUCCCUCAAGACAAAAAAUAAAAAUAAUUUAAAAUUAAUUAAAUCUUUUUUAAAAACUAUUUUUAGUCAAUUUCAUAUAAAUUGGAAUAAUAAAUCUGAUUUAUUAGUGGGUAAUAAAUCUAUUAGAAUUAAUUUUUGUUCUGAUCAAUUUUUAAAUUUAGAAAAAUUUAUUAAUCGUUGGUCAAAUGAUUAUUUUAAUUAA